AAAGCAGCAGCAGAGGUUCGGCGGUAACGGUUGAGUUUGGUCUGGAGAGCUCUACGCUGACAACAUAGUUUUGUCUUGUGUUCAGUUCGCUUCUUAGAAAUUACAUUUAACACUUCAAAAUGGCUGAAGACUCUUGGGCGUUAGCGGCCGACGUUCAGGAGGCCACAACUCCUUCCGUUCAGUUUCAGUUCUCCAGCAAGAUCAACCGAGUACGUGGUCCAUUAAACAUGAAGGAAGACGGAAACGCCAACCUGGUGCUGAACAAGAUUCAACACGGAGGAGAUGAAGCGGAUGGCGACAAAGUUGACCUGGCCGAACAGUCGCUGCUUAAUAAACUGAUCCGCCGCUCUCUGGUGAAGAACAGGAACCAAGUUGAGGUCCAGCAGGCGGACCCCAGCUCUCCUCUGUUCUCCGUGAAGACGUUUCAGGAGCUCAGACUGAAACCUGAACUAUUGCAAGGUGUUUUCACCAUGGGGUUCAACAGACCAUCCAGGAUCCAGGAGAAUGCUCUGCCUAUGAUGCUGGCAGAACCACGCCAGAACCUGAUCGCUCAGUCACAGUCUGGCACUGGUAAAACUGCAGCUUUCUCUCUGGCCAUGCUCAGCCACUUGAACCCUGAUAACAACUGGACCCAGUGUCUUUGCGUUGCGCCAACCUACGAGCUCGCAAGGCAGAUCGGCCAAGAGAUCGAACAAAUGGGCAAAUUCUGUCCAAAUGUAAAACUGGCCUACGCCAUUCGAGGGAGCAGAAUGGAGCGAGGCGUCAAGUUGCAAGAGCAGAUCGUCAUUGGAACACCAGGCACGGUCCUUGACUGGUGCACCAAGUACAAGCUUAUUGACCCCAAGAAGAUCACAAUGUUUGUGUUGGACGAAGCUGACGUGAUGAUCGCCAUGCAGGGCCACCGGGACCAGAGCAUCCGAAUCCACAGGCUUCUCAACAACAGCUGUCAGAUGUUGCUCUUCUCUGCAACCUUUGAAGACUCUGUGAUGAAAUUUGCUGAGCGAGUGAUUUCAGAGCCGAAUAUCAUCAGACUCAAACGGGAAGAGGAGACGCUGGACACCAUCAAACAGUUCUAUGUCCUAUGUAGGGAGAAGGAGGACAAGUUCACAGCGCUCUGUAAUCUGUAUGGGUGCCUGACUAUUGCACAGGCAAUGAUCUUCUGUCAUACUCGGAAGAUGGCUGGGUGGCUGGCUGCGAGCCUGAUUAAAGAGGGCCACCAGGUGGCGCUGCUGAGUGGAGAAAUGACAGUGGAGCAGAGAGCCAAUGUCAUCGAACGCUUCAGAAAUGGCAAUGAGAAAGUGCUUGUGACCACUAAUGUGUGUUCCAGAGGUAUUGAUGUGGAGCAGGUGUCUCUUGUGGUCAAUUUUGACCUGCCAGUGGAUAUGGAGGGGAAUGCUGACAACGAGACAUACCUGCACAGGAUCGGCCGCACAGGACGCUUCGGCAGAAGGGGAUUUGCUGUUAACAUGGUGGACAGCAAUGGCAGCAUGGACAUUAUAACGCAAAUCGAAAUGCAUUUCAAUAGGAAAAUCACAAAACUUGAUACCAGCAAUCUUGAGGAAAUGGAGAAGAUGACAAUCUAAUUUUCUGCUGCUUUCCGUUUGCAACAACCGAUGGUGUUUAACAUGUUAUCACAUUUCAUGAUGUUUUUGGUGUUUUUUUUUUACUUUGAAUGUUUGUUAUAAAAGAUUUUGUUUUUAGUACAAAUUUUUUUGUGUUUUCACCUUUUCUUUUAACCCUGUGAUCGAUAGUCAAGUUUACCAUAAAGCCUUCAGCUGAGACUGGACAGUAAGCCUGACAGUUAAAAGAUGCAUGUUUAUGUUUGCAGUGUUGUUGAUUAUCUUAAGUAAAUGUCAGCGUUAUUUCUGUGGAAUAUGUGUGUCUGAUGUAUGUAGUUUUGCAUGACAUGUUUGGGAUUGAGUUGAUUUAUGGUCAUUGAAAGUUUAAACAAACCUGUUUCAGUGUUUUUCAGUAUCAGUUUCAUAACUACUUGUGAGAUUGCUUUAAACCAAAAAAGGCUUUUUCAAAGCGUCUUAGAUCAUUUCUCCGCUCCUGCCUGCUUCGUGUAGCCGUGUCGAGCCUGUAUUAACUAUAGCAAUGCAUCUCCUUUGUGCACUUUGUCUUAAUACAUUUUUCAGUGACCAGCAAUUGUCUGGUUUCAUCUUC